AUGGACUGGAGCGCGGUGACGGCGGAGGACCUGGUGGCCGCGCUGCGGGAGGUGGACUGGUCCACGCCGCCGCGCCCCGUCCCGGAGUUCUUCUCCCGCUUCACCGUCCCCCGCUCCUACUCCAAGUGGACCAGCCGUCUCAAGUGCAACCUCUACUACUACAGGACAAACUACUUCAUCUUGAUCAUGUUCAUUCUUGGGCUGGGUUUCCUUUGGAAGCCAGUUGCUAUUCUUGCAGCUUUUAUGACUGGAUUCAGCAUUGCAUUUCUUAAUGACAGUUUUGCUGUCACUUUUAAUGAGAAAGUCACACGAACUGUCAGGCAGUUCUCACCACAUUUAGCUGCAAAGAUGAGACCACCGAUAACCCCUGUUAUUCGUGGUCGACCAAGCUCGAAGAGAUCAAUUCAUAUUUGUGGUCGGCCUCGCUGGUUGUUUGUUCUUUUAUUUUCGGCAGUUAGCUGCAUGCUCUGGUUGACCUCAUGCAGUCUCCUCACGGUUCUAUGGGCGCUUCUCAUUGCUCUGCUUACAACGGUACUUCAUGCCAGCUUCAGAACACCUAAUUUGAAAGCACGUCUGAAUACGUUCAGAGAGGAAUUCCGAGCAGUUUGGCGGAAUUAUAGUGAGCUCUAG